UUGUGGGACAACAUGAAAAAGCGCAUGAAGCGUGGACGACAGCGGAAUCGAGAACAGGAAGCACCUUUAAAUGAGUAUUUGUCCUACUACAAUCAAAAUGAGCCUAAUUGUGAUCAUCAAGGGGGUCCUGAAGAUGAUGACCACCUUUUGCCUUCACAUCUCCAGAUAAGACCAGAAGACGAGGGACGAGAAACUGGAGUCCUGCCAUCACCUGUGGAAGGUGCAGGAGGAGCUGCUACGCCUCUAUCCCGGAGUAUGAUCACGUCUUCGGGGUUAUUUGGUGAGGAUGACGGAGACUAUGACCACUACGAAAUGACUAGUCGCUCAUCUCCUGCUUGUGUCCCAGAGCCGAAUAUCGACGCACUACAGUGUACUCGCACUUCGACUGACGGCGGUCCUUGGGGGCAUCAUCAACUCAUUGUGAGUGAGCAGAACAAUCUGAGCCUGAGCCAAUACAACGGCCACCAGAUGUCUGCAGAUCCAAGUUUUCAUACGCAUCAACUUCAACAGGGAGGUCACAUUGGCGGAGAGCAGGCAUGGGGACGAACAUUAAAGAAACGAAGACCGACGCGGCGUGGGAGAGGACAUCAAAGUAGCGGUAUUGAUAUUUCGCUAGAUCAUCCCCGUCUUGGCUGUCAGAGAGUAGGUUCUUCGAACAGUCUGUCAGGCGAUUUACGAGCGUUUGCCGAACAAGACACGACUAGAAAGGUGAACGGGGCAAAAAUCAAGCGCUACAGCCAGCAUGUGCCUGGAGAAGAUCUGCCUGGAGAAGAUCGUCCAGAAACCUCUUCAACACUGAGGGAAAAUACCUCACCUGCAGGUGUAGAAGAUCGAGG